AUGCUUGGCCCAGUCAAAACCGUGGGAAUCUACGUUGCCGACCAGCGAAAAUCCGUCGAUUUCUACGUGAGCAUUCUGGGUUUCGAGGUCCGUCGACGGAUGGAGAUGGGGGGGACGCUGAGUGGGUCGAAGUCGCCCCGCCCGGCGCCGAAACGUCCCUCGUGA